GAAUGCAAGUGACAUUAAAUUAAUCAUGGUGGUUCUCUAAAAAUUUUCUCAACACAUUCUUUCAAAAAAUCCGAAAAACUAGAAAUAAUUGUAAUUGUAAUUCAAAAAUGGGUAGCUACGCCAAAGCCACCAUGACUGGCUUCAUCUGCAGACUUUGUUCGGAAUACAAAAAGAGUGUUAUACAUUUUUACAGUGCGAAAGCUCAAGAACUAGAACUCCUUAAGAAACUCACCCUGUUACCAAUUACGAUAGAUAAAUACGAUAACUUGCCUAAAACAAUUUGUCAAGAUUGCAUAGAAAAGUUAAACCUACAGUACAGAUUAGUCGAUAGAAUACGUAAAAGUUUUGAAAUACAGCAAAGGCAUCGACUAUUUCAUAGUAAUGGAAGAUGUCCACUCGAAUGCCCACUUUAUGGUACUAACAGUUUCGACACAUCGGAUACUCCUUUACAACAACCGGAAUGAAAGUUUAUGUUAAUUUUUAAUUUUAAAUAGUGCAUUUGUAAUAAGUAUACACAAUAUACAUUAAAAAACCUU